GCCAUUGGAAGUCUUACGUGCAUUGAUGCUCGGACGAGUGAGGAUUAUGCUUGCAGGGAAAAUAGCGAGUGUGUUGAUUCAGACACUGGCCUUCGUGGCUACAGGUGCAGUUGUAAUGAAGGUUAUGAGGGCAAUCCUUAUCUCUCUCCGGGGGGCCAAGAUAUCGAUGAAUGUGCUGACCCAAAUAUCAAUUCGUGUGAAAAGAGCUGCACAAACACCCCGGGGAGUUAUAAUUGUUCUUGUCCUAAUGGAUAUACUGGUGAUGGCAAAAAGGAUGGUCGUGGUUGUAUUGCUCCCUACUCUGAGUUUCCAUGGAUCAAGUUCUCUAUAGGUAUGGGAGUCGGCUUUAUAUCCCUAGUGGUUGGGAUAACUUGGCUCUAUUUCAGCAUCAAGAAAAGAAAGUUGAUCAAAGCCAGGGAGAAGUUCUUCCAACAAAAUGGCGGUUUAUUAUUGAAGCGUAGAAUCUCCACUAAAGAGGGCGGUGUGGAAGCAACAAAAACUUUUACAGCUGAGGAGCUUAAGAAAGCCACAAACAAUUAUGCCAAUGACAGAAUUCUUGGUCGUGGUGGCAAUGGGAUUGUAUAUAGAGGUGUUUUACGUGAUAAUCGCAUAGUUGCCAUUAAAAGAUCUAGAAUUGUGGACGAGAGUCAAAUUGAACAGUUUAUCAAUGAGGUGAUUAUUCUCACUCAAAUCAACCAUCGAAACGUGGUGAGGCUCUUUGGGUUUUGUUUGGAAGAUGAAGUUCCUUUGUUGGUUUAUGAGUAUGUCUCUGAAGGAACUCUUUACGAGCACAUUCACAACAAACGUGGAGGGGGUUGGUUAACUUGGCAACAUCGUUUGAGGAUUGCAGCAGAGAUAGCCACUACACUUGCUUACCUUCAUUCAUUUACAUCCAUGCCUAUAAUUCAUAGGGACAUUAAGUCUGCCAACAUAUUGUUAGAUAGUGUUUACACAGCUAAAGUGGCAGAUUUUGGAGCUUCAAGGUUAAUUCCUCUAGAUCAAACACAUGUGGCUACAUUAGUUCAAGGGACAUUCGGGUACUUGGAUCCUGAAUAUUUUCGCACAAGUCAACUGACGGAAAAAAGUGAUGUUUACAGCUUUGGAGUAGUUCUGGCAGAAAUUCUAACGGGAUUGAAACCUAUUAUUAGAGCUAGAAACGAUGAACCAAAGAAUUUGGCUGAUCAUUUUCUUUUGUCCGUGAAUAACAACUGCUUACUUCAAAUUCUUGAUCGUCCUGUUUUGCGAGAAGGGAAUCUUGAGCAACUUCAAAAGAUGGCUGAGCUAGUGAAGAGUUGUCUUCAAUUGCAUGGAGGAGAUAGGCCUACGAUGAAGGAAGUGGCUACUGAAAUUGAAGGUUUGAUGAAGUUAACUGGAAUGCCUUGGUCUAAUCAACAUGGACAGGAAGAGAAUGAUCAGCAUGAAUUAUCAAAUCUCCACCCUGUUUCAACGAAUUCCAAUGCAAAUACCAUCAAUUUCUCAGAAGAGUACAUAUCCAGUAUAUUAUAUCCUAGAUAAUGACAUGUAAAAUUGUCAGGUACUCCUCCUGAUCCCUAGCUAUAUGUGUUUCUUCCAUUUUAAUUGUAGGUUCCUUUCCUCGGGUUGAUUUGAAGAUGUAAAAUAAUGAAUACAGUUGCUUUUCCCAGAAAGCUAGCAUUUGAGUCACUCUCAGUCCAUCAACUUAUGGUAUUGAAAAAAGUGCAGAAACAAGUAAAAACUUAAUUCAAACCGGCACCACAUUAAUAUAUGUGUGAUAUGCGUUUGCACAUAGACUUUUCGCAAUCAACUCUGGUUAAUUAAUUCAUAUUUUCACUUUAUUAAAUUACUUAACCAUGCUUUGUUAAAUUGAUUUGAUAUAAACACUCAAUGCAAAUAAGAAUUUACCUAGAAACAAAGUCACAAAUCAAAGA